AUGGUAAUGGCGACGGAGACUCUCGAACCAACAUUGCAGAAUGUCUUGGACCAGAGAUCUCUGAAAUGGAUCUUUUGCGGUGGGAAGGGCGGUGUCGGAAAGACUACGACAUCGUGCUCUCUGGCAAUCCAGCUCGCAACAUGUCGCGAGUCUGUGCUGCUGAUCAGUACCGAUCCUGCGCAUAAUCUUUCUGAUGCUUUUGGCCAGAAGUUCUCGAAGGAGGCGACCAAGGUCAAUGGCUUCGAUAACCUCUAUGCCAUGGAGAUCGACCCUACAAGUUCGAUUCAGGAGAUGGUCGAGCAGUCGGAUUCGAACGGCAUGAUGGGGAGCAUGAUGCAGGACCUUGCGUUCGCGAUUCCCGGAGUGGACGAGGCAAUGAGCUUCGCCGAGAUCAUGAAACAUGUGAAGUCGAUGGAGUACUCUGUGAUUGUAUUCGACACGGCACCAACAGGACAUACCCUCCGCUUCCUGUCUUUUCCCACUGUACUAGAGAAGGCCUUGGGCAAGUUGAGCGCGCUCAGUGGACGCAUCGGGCCCAUGAUCAACCAGAUGACGAGCUUGAUGGGCGGUCAAGCGGAUGCCCCAGAAGAGAUGUUCGCAAAGCUUGAAUCCAUGCGUGCCAUUAUCACAGAAGUGAAUACACAAUUCAAGGAUCCUGAGAAGACCACGUUCGUCUGUGUAUGCAUCUCCGAGUUCCUCUCGCUAUACGAGACGGAGCGCCUCGUGCAGGAGUUGACGGCGUAUGAGAUUGACACGCACAACAUAGUGGUCAAUCAGCUUCUCUUCCCCAAGCAGAGCUCGAACUGCGAACACUGCCGCGUACGGCAUGCCAUGCAGCAGAAGUACCUCGGCGAGGCGCACGAGCUCUACGACGAGUUCUUCCACAUCGUGCUGCUGCCGCUGCUCACAGAGGAGGUGCGCGGCCCGCUGAAGCUGCAAGAAUUCAGCAAGAUGCUCGUGACGCCGUACUCUCCGGAGCCUUAG